AGGAAAAAUCCUUUCGUCCACGAUUCUGGCUUCGGCAACGGCUUACUACAUUACGUCUAAAAAAUCAAAGCUUUGCCAAGCUGGCUGGCUGGCUGUCGAGGAAAAGCACACUUACUUCACCGAGCAGGAAAAAUUAAAUCAAGAAGAAUGAUUAAAUCAUUUGUCUCGCUUAGUAGAUGUAUUUCAAGAGUUUCAUAUCGUUUUGGGCCAAGAGCACUGAGCACCGGAGCGACUGAUGAGAUUUUUGAUGAUAAGAACUAUGAUAGCAUUGCUAAGAGUGUUCUGCAUAGUACUACAACAGGGCACGACCUUUUGGUGCUUCAACCUUAUGUGAAAUGGGGCCCGCAAAAGAAAAUAAACACAAAGGCUGACCUGGAGCUGGAAGAGGCAACAGCCUUGGUGUCUACCCUGGCCAGCUGGUCUGUUGUUGGACAGAUGGUAGUUCCUUUGGAGAGCAUUGAGAAGAAAAAGGUGUUUGGAAAGGGGAAAUUGGAAGAGCUCAAGCAACUGGUCAGAAAGAACAAGAAAAUCAAUGGAGUUUUCAUCAGCCUUAAAUACUUGGCAUUAAGUCAGAAAAGAGAGUUAGAGGCAUUGUUUCGAGUUCCAGUGUUUGACCGGUUUACAAUUGUGAUUCAAAUUUUCAAAGAAAACGCAGUCACGAAACACGCUAAACUUCAAGUUGCUCUUGCCGAGUUGCCAUACAUCAGAAACCUGCUAUUGAGUGAGACAGCAAACGUACAGCUUGGCUCUGGAAUGAGCCCUGAGGCGCUCAGGUGCACUCUCCACGCCAGGGAGAGCAAACUAAAGGAAGAGAUGAAAAAGUGCCAGAUCUACCACCAUACCUUAGAGAAGAACAAACAGCAGAGGAAAAUCCCUUUGGUCGCUGUCGUCGGGUACACAAACGCAGGCAAGACCAGUAUCAUCAAGGCGUUGACGGGCGAAAAGAAACUGCAGCCAAAGAACUCACUGUUUGCCACCCUGGACGUGACCUUGCACCAGGGGUUGCUGCCAUCUCGACUGAAAGUUCUCUACAUCGACACUGUUGGCUUCAUGUCCGACCUGCCAGAGUCUCUCCUUGAGUGUUUUGUUGCAACCCUUGACCACGUAGCCUACGCUGACGCCAUUUUGCACAUUUGUGACGGAAGUCACCCUGACCUAGUGAGACAGAGAGAUCACGUUUUCAAGACACUGCAAGGUUUGAGAAACCUGCCGCCGAAUUUCUUAGACCGAGUCGUAACCGUCCGAAACAAAUGUGACAAACCACAAACCGACGUCACCUUCGAGGACGAUUUGCCUGUGUCGGCAACAAACGGAACUCGUUUGGCAUUUCUGCAGAAAAUCAUCGAAUCCGUGGUGAUGCAAACUACAAACAGAAAAGUGAUGGUUUUCAAAGUGCCAAUGGGAGGAGAGGAAGCCCAGUGGCUCUACAAGGAGACAGCUGUGUGUGAAGCAGAGGCUGACCCAGAUGACAGUCAGUUCAUCAUGCUCAAGGUUGUCAUCUCGGAUGUGCAGAUUGGAAAAUUCAGAUCCUACUUUGUCAAGCGCAGGUUGGCUGGGUAAAAGGAAAAUAAAAAAAAUGUUUUAUUCUUCUUUGAAGUA